GUUUGAUGUAGUUCUUGAAAUAAACUUAAUUGAAUUAAAAUUGAUUUAAAACAUUAAAGUAAAUCUAAUAAGCAAGAUUAAAACUGCAAGUGAUACAUUUUAAAGGACAAAUAAUAAUCACAGUGAUUUACAAUUUGUGGGAUUUUCAUGAAUUUUAUCAGUGAAAUUUAGCAUCGCGUGACUUUUGAGGUCAAUUUUAUGAUUUGUUUAUAAACAAUUCUCGAUAAUGAAGCCGAAGAGCUUAUUAUUGCUAAUAUUUUUUGUCAUUAUUACCAAAGUUCAUGCCGAGUUGAUUGAUUGUAAUUUUGAGGUUGAUGACGUGCAAUUUUAUGACGGAUUUGAGGGUGAGCACAAGGAUGUAUUAAGUUAUGGCUGCAAAAUUCAAAAUAUUGGAGUAAAUGAUGAAGGAAAUGACAUUAAAGUUAAUGGAGAUCAUAUGGAAAAUCAGACAGACGAGGACGUUACUUACUUUAUAAAUGAAAUUGAAAUUGUGGAUUAUUUAGCCAGUUUUACUUCAGAUUUGUGUUCAAAAUAUCCAAAUUUAAUGAUGAUUCACUUAAGAUUUUUUGAUAUUGAAAAAUUAGAAGAAAAUUCUUUGGAAAAUUGUCAAAAUUUGAAAAUUUUAAAUUUUUACGGCAACAACAUUACUGAAAUUCCAGAAAAUGUAUUCUUUCAAAAUCAUGAACUUACUGAAAUUAACAUAAUCCACAAUGAACUUACAACAUUACCGCAAAAUUUAUUUGAGAAUCAAGCAGAGCUUCAAUGGCUGAAUCUUCGCGUAAACCAAAUCAACUCUUUGCCUUCGAAAAUCUUCAAACCACUUCAAAAACUUCAUAUUUUAAAUCUUGGUGCAAACAAGCUUCAAAACAUCAAUUCCGCAUGGUUUGAAAGUCUCGAGGAUUUAAAGGAAUUGUUCCUCGAUGAAAAUCAAAUUUCUCAAAUUCAUCCAGACGUUUUCAGACCCUUGCAAAAUCUUGAAGGCUUGGAUCUCAGCUUUAAUGAUUUCAUAAGUCAAAAAUAUGAUCAAUAUAAGCACGUUAAAAGCUUGAAAAGCUUAAGUUUGGGUGCAAAUGAGCUUCGUGAUUUACCAAAAAAGAUAUUUUUACCAUUAAAGAAUUUAGAAAAAUUAUGGCUUUAUGGCAAUCAACUAAGUGUUGUUCAUUCAGAAUGGUUUGGUGUUCAUAAGAAUUUGGUAAAACUAGAUUUAUUCUACAAUAAGGUCACUGCUGUUGAUGAGAGAUUAAUCGAAAAUUCUCCAAUUGCUGAGGUCGAUAUGGAAGGAAAUGUUUGCAAUAAUCAGACUUUUGAGGACAGAAUUGAAAUGAGAGCCAAUUUGAGCUUAUGCUUUAGUAAUUACAAAGGGCAAUAUCCUUCAUCGGGAACAACAAGAAGACCAUAUCAACCGGUAAGGACUUAUGCUACUCGCGGAACUACACAAAGGACAAUAUCUUCAAUAAAAACGACACGAAAACUCAGAAUAACAACAGCAACAACACAAAAAUCAACAACUGCAUCCUCAACAUUAGAAGAACCAAUAAUUAUAAAUUGUGGAAAAACAAUCACUGGAGUUCAAACUGUCGUUGGUGGAACACAAACUCCUCGCGGUGCUUAUCCAUGGAAUGUAGCUCUCUUACACAAUAAGAAUACAACUCAACUUAAAUAUAAAUAUUUCUGUGGGGGAACUUUAAUAUCGAAUAAAACGGUCGUUACAGCUGCCCAUUGCCUCAAAGGUAAAUUCGGAAGUCAUGAAUUUGAGGCAUCUGACAUUAUUGUCGCCCUUGGGGUUCAUGAUUUGAAGAAGUCAUUUGAGUCAGGACGCACUAAUAUUGCUGUGAAGUAUGUCUAUGCUCAUCCUGAUUGGAACUCAAAUAUUGCAUCAUUUGAAGCUGACAUUGCUGUUUUGGAAUUAGAGCAUGAAAUUCAAUUUACUAAUUUUAUUCAGCCAAUUUGCUUAGCACAUUCAGGUCUGAAUUCCGUUGCAACUGGAUUUGUUGCUGGGUUUGGUAAAAGUGAGGCUGGUCAUGUUGAAAAUAUUGCAAGAACUGUCACGGUUCCAAUCCAUGAUAGUAAAGUUUGUGCUGAAAGUAAGGAUCACGAGUCAAUUUUAGGUGCACGAUCAAUUUGUGGAGGCUCAGCUGAUGGAAUUGGUGUUUGUGAAGGUGACAGUGGCAGUGGAUUGAUAAUUCAAAAAGAUGGAAUUCAUUUUAUUCGUGGAAUUGUUUCAGCAUCAUUGUAUGCACCACUUUAUGGUUGCAAUGUUCAAGCUUAUUCUGUGUUUACAGACAUCACAAAGUUCCGUAGCUGGGUGAUGACACAAGAAGAUCCACAUACUCAACUGUUGAGAAUUCAAGCAGAAAGGGAUGCUUACAAAAAUAAAUUGAAAGAAUUAGAAGAAGCAAAAAAAAUCAGAGCUAGAAGAUCAUUAUAAAAGAAACAGAUUGUGUUUCUUAAUGUUUGUCAAAUCGGAUCUG